GGGUUGCGUGUGGCGCGGGGCGGGGCGCGACUGGUGCGCCUGAGGAGCGAUGGCGGCGGCCUGAGCUCACCUAGCACGGCUGCGGAGAUCGGGCCUGGUCAGGGUCGGGGUUCUGUGAGUGAACGGCAAAUUUGCCAGUCGGGACUAGGCAUUGAUCACUGAACUCACUACUCCAGCCUGGUGUAUCUUUGGCUCCAUGGCCAGCUACUGGCUCCUGCAGACCGGAUGAAGCAGACUAGAGACACAAGUGGAGAAAACCUCCAACUGGCAGAUUCUUGGAGAGUGGCCUUCUGGCCACUGGCCCUGCCCAGCCUGCCUCAUGGAGAGGAUGAACUGGCUGAGCAGACUGGCCUCCCGGGGCCCUGGGCACCGUGUACCUCAGGGGGCCAGUAUGCAGACUCCUGUCGUGGCUGAUCCUGAGACCUGCCUCAUGGUCUUCAAGAAUCACUGGUCCCAGUCUUCUUUCCUGUUUCUUCAGGUGGUGCGUAUCCUGGAGCGGCAAGGCCCUCGGGCAGCUCCUGGGGGUGCGGAUGAUCUCAGUGCUGUGCGCAACCACACUUACCAGAUGUUGACACUGCUGGUAGAAGAUCGUGCCGUCCCCUCAGCCCCUAUGGCCCCUGGGCCCUUGCUAGAGUUUGCUCUGCGUGAGGACCUGCUAACCCGUGUGUUGGCGUGGCAGCUUCAGUGGGAUGAGCUUGGGGAUGGGGUUGAGGAACGGCGAGCUGAACAACUGAAGCUGUUUGAGAUGCUAGUGAGUGAAGCUCGCCAGCCACUGUUGCGACAUGGUCCAGUUCGUGAGGCUCUGCUGACCUUGCUGGAUGCCUGUGGCCGUCCUGUGCCCAGUAGCCCAGCACUGGAUGAAGGCCUGGUGCUACUUCUCAGCCAGCUGUGUGUGUGUCUGGCCCGGGAGCCUUCAUUGCUCGAGUUCUUCCUACAGCCACCUCCUGAGCCUGGAGCUGCCCCCCGUCUUCUCCUCUUUUCUCGCCUCGUUCCUUUCGUCCAUCGAGAGGGCACACUGGGCCAGCAGGCUCGUGAUGCCCUACUCCUGCUGAUGGCUCUGUCGGCUGGGAGUCCCACUGUGGGCCGCUACAUUGCAGAUCACUCUUAUUUUUGCCCGGUGCUGGCCACAGGGCUGAGUGCCCUGUACUCCUCACUGCCCCGAAAGAUUGAGGUUCCGGGGGAUGAUUGGCACUGCCUGCGACGGGAAGACUGGCUGGGCGUGCCAGCCCUUGCGCUGUUCAUGAGUUCCCUAGAAUUCUGCAAUGCAGUCAUUCAGGUGGCUCACCCUUUGGUGCAGAAGCAGUUAGUUGAUUAUAUCCAUAAUGGGUUUCUGGUGCCUGUCAUGGGCCCUGCCUUGCACAAGACCUCUGUGGAGGAGAUGAUUGCCAGUACCGCGUAUCUGGAACUUUUCCUGCGGAGUAUCUCAGAGCCUGCUUUGCUCCGUACCUUCCUGCGGUUCCUGCUGUUACACCGGCAUGACACCCACACCAUCCUUGACACCCUCGUUGCCCGUAUUGGCAGCAACUCCCGGGUAUGGCCCCUACCUCUGUCCUGGCUUACCUGGCUCUGCAUGGUCUCUCUGAGUCUCUUCAGGACCCUACUGAACCUCAGUUGUGAGGAUGUCCUGCUGCAGCUGGUUCUCAGGUAUCUUGUCCCAUGUAACCAUGUGAUGCUGAGCCAGAAGCCAGCUGUACGUGAUGUGGACCUAUAUGGACGAGCGGCAGACAAGUUUCUCUCCCUAAUCCCCCGCUGUUGUCGGCAUCAUGCCCCUAGCCCACCCCGUCCAGAGCAUGCCUCAUGGGCACGAGGUGGGCCUAGCAGAGAGGCAGGGAGAAGGGAGGACACCACGGGCCCUGGAAGCCCAAGUGUUGACUCCUCUUCUGUGGUGACAGUGCCCCGGCCCUCCACACCAUCUCGUCUGGCCCUGUUCCUGCGACAGCAGAGUCUGGGUGGCUCGGAAUCCCCAGUUCCAGCCCCUCGCUCACCAGGGCUUGCUGCAUCCCCAGCCUCCAGCCCUGGCCGAAGGCCCAGCCCUGUGGAGGAGCCUGGUGAGCUGGAAGACAAUUACCUGGAGUAUCUGCGUGAGGCACGCCGUGGUGUGGACCGGUGUGUCCGAGCCUGCCGUACCUGGUCUGCCCCAUAUGAUGGCGAGCGGCCCCCUCCUGAGCCCAGUCCUGUUGGCUCCCGGACUAAGAAACGCAGCCUACUGCCUGAGGAGGACAGGGACACUGUGGGGGAAGGGGAGGAAGAAGAGCUGGGGAGUGGGGGGCUUGCUGGGGGUUCAGGGGAGGGCCCUGGCCUACUGCCUGCUCCCCAGCUCAAUGGGGUGCCAGGACCAUGGCCUGAGGGGGCCAAGAAGGUUCGUCGGGUACCUGAGGAGGGAGCUGGGGAACUGCCAGAGGGCACCUCCGAGGGCAUGGUAGGACUAGAGGGCUUUGGGCAGGAGCUCCGGGAACUGGAAGUGGCAUUGAGCAAUGGGGGGGCUGGCUCAGAACCCCUGCUAGAGCCUCCACUACCUCUUGAGGAGGAGGAGGCCUAUGAGAGCUUCACCUGUCCCCCUGAGCCCCCUGGCCCCUUCCUCAGCAGCCCUUUGCGGACUCUCAACCAGCUGCCAAGCCAGCCCUUCACUGGCCCCUUCAUGGCUGUGCUCUUUGCCAAACUCGAGAACAUGCUGCAGAACUCCGUCUAUGUCAACUUCCUGCUGACGGGGCUGGUGGCCCAGCUGGCCUGUCACCCCCAGCCCCUGCUCCGCUCUUUCCUGCUCAACACCAACAUGGUCUUCCAGCCCAGUGUCAAGUCCCUGCUGCAGGUGCUGGGUUCUGUGAAGAAUAAAAUUGAGAGCUUUGCGGCCUCCCAGGAGGACUUCCCAGCACUGCUAUCCAAAGCCAAGAAGUACCUCAUUGCCCGUGGCAAGUUGGACUGGGCUGAAGGCCCUGCAGCAGGACCUGCCCCCCGCCGCUCUGAUCCCUUAGUGAAGAGCCGGAGGCCGUCCUUGGGGGAGUUGCUCCUGCGGCAUGCACACAGUCCAACCAGGGCCCGGCAGGCGGCACAGUUGGUUCUUCAGCCUGGGAGAGACGGCGCAGGACUUGGCCUAGGUGGGGGCUCCCCUGGGGCUUCAACUCCAGUUCUGCCCCCUCGGGGUGGGGCCCCUGAGCGCCAAGGUGAGGCUCUGCGAGUCAAGAAUGCGGUCUACUGUGCAGUCAUUUUCCCUGAGUUUCUCAAGGAAUUGGCUGCCAUCUCCCAAGCCCAUGCUGUCACCUCGCCUUUCUUGUUGGAUACUUCAGAGGAGGGAUCUGGCCCUCCUGUCUCAGGCUUUGGGCCCCUCAAUCCUUAACUUUCUUCCAUGGACAAUCAGGGCCUCACAUGGCCUGGGCUGGGGCCGGGUUAUAGGCUCCUUUUUAUGUUUGGAGGCAGUGGCAAGAGGACUUUUUAAUUUAUUUCCAAUGAAUGUUUUAUGGAGAACUUGUUGCAAUAUGUAUAAAAGGGAAAUCUCUAUUCUGUGCUCA